AUGGCUUCGCUCCAGUCUCUAGAGCUGGCACUUGGACAAGUAGCCACCGCAGCCUCGUCCAAGAAACAGCCGUUAUCAGACGCCCAGUACAGCGCCGGCCUCAGCUUCUUCACUACAGGCUCUGGGUGGGCAACAUACCAAAAGUUCAUCAUCCCUCAGCUAUCCAAAGUUCUAGCUCCGCUCUUCAAGUCGCGCAGCCGGGUCUCGGUGCUGGAGAUUGGACCGGGCCCAAAGAGCGUGCUUGCACAUCUGCCUCGCCAGUAUAGGCAGAAGAUUAAAAGAUAUGUUGCAUACGAGCCGAAUAAAUUGUUUGCUACAAACUUGCAAGAGUGGCUUUCCUUUAGUGCGGAAGGAGGGCCUCCACUGCCAUGCCUCGAGAGUCUUUCAGACAUCCGGCGAGUACCAUUUGUUCUGGGCAGCGAUGCAAACAUGAACGCUCCUACGAAUGAUGGCGACGAGAAAUUCGACAUCGUCUUGUUCUGCCAUAGUAUGUACGGCAUGAAGCCUCAACGCAGCUUUAUCGAACGAGCACUGGAAAUGCUUGUUGAGCAGCCUGGCGAUGGAAUGGUGGUUGUCUUCCAUCAAGCUGGUGUCUUGCACUUUGACGGCUUAGUAUGCCACCGCACAGCUUCUUUCCCUACCGGAGAUAUCCUCGUGGCGGAUGAAGACAAAGCAUUGGACUCCUUUGCUCCUUUCAUCGCCGGCUUCAUCAUGAAGAACGUUGGAGAGGACAUUGCAGUGCGGAAAAGGUGGCGUGAAGUGUGUCGCGCCCUGGGUCGCCGCAAGGAAGGCCACCCAUAUCAUCUCCACUUCAGCGCGCCAGAGGUCAUGAUGGCCUUUACUCGACAUGCCACUGCGUUGCCGGACUUGGCAGCGGAUGUGCCGUUGAUGAAAGGAGAAAAGAAAGUCAAGAACAGGGAGGUACGUCUUCACCGUCCUGCUGCCAUAGCCAGGCCAAGACAGAUACGGCAUGUCCAGCAGUGUGUUCAAUGGGCCUUGAAGCAUGGAGCGAGUCUAACUGUUGUUAGCGGAGGCCAUAGCGGCCAAUGUCUCUGGUCUGAUGUCGUCGCGGUCGACAUGGAAGCCUUUGACCAAGUACACAUUCUCACGGCUGGAGGCUCUGGAUCCGGCUCAGGUUCUUUGGUCGUUGCCGAGGCUGGUUGCAAGACUGGGGACAUCAUUCGCAAUGCUAUGGAAGUAGGGCUGACUGUGCCCUUGGGUUCUCGUCCAAGUGUGGGAGCAGGACUAUGGCUUCAAGGAGGCAUCGGACAUUUGGCUCGCCAACAUGGGCUCGCGAGUGACGCUAUUGUCGGCGCUGUGGUGGUUAGCCUGGACUCUGGAAAGGUCCUGUGCAUUGGCCAAGUACCAAGUGAACAUUGUCCAGACGAUGCUGUGCGUCCGGACAAUGAAUCUGACCUGUUAUGGGCCAUCAAAGGGGCUGGAACUAACUUUGGCAUCGUCGUUAGCGUUACCUUUAAAGCUUUCAAUGUUUCGACGUAUACGGUGCGAAGCUGGAAUGUCCCCCUAAGUGAUGACGAUAACCUCGACCCGCAGCAAUGGCUCAAGCAGUUCAAUGUAGUCGCUAAGAAACUACCCGAUAUCUGGUCUGCAGACGCGUAUCUGUACUGGGAGGCUGAUCAGUUGCAUCUUGGCGUGACCAUGUAUGAGUCCCAAAGUGUCAACCUCAACGUCGAAACUCCUACAUGUACGCCAUUAGAUGAAGUCUUGGGACCUCAAAAUAGCUUCAAGGUUGUGGAUGGCGUUGGUCUAUUCGAUACCGAGAUGUACAUGUCUGCGAUGCAUGGCGGACACGGCGGCGGCAAGACAUCUUCGUUCAAACGAUGCCUCUUCAUAAAGGAUAUCGGAGCAGUCGACAUCGCCAAUGUCUUGAUAGAGGCUAUAGCGACUCGUCCCUCAGCACUCAGCUAUCUCCAUCUCAUCCACAGCGGCGGAGCAGUCGCCAACGUUGCUGCUAAUGCCACCGCUUUCGGCUGUCGAGACUGGGAAUUUGCCUGUGUCAUCACCGGGGUCUGGCCCCGCGACCAAUACGGCACGGAUGCUGCUCAAUCUGCCGUGAAGUGGGUUUACGGCGUUGCUGAGAAGUUGCUGCCCCUGAGCAGCGGAGUUUAUGGAGCCGAUCUUGGGCCAGAUCCAAGAGAUGCUGCUCUAGCAACCAAUGCAUUUGGACCAAACCUGCCACGACUGGCUCGUCUCAAACGCGACUUGGAUCCUCAACAUGUGCUGGCCUCUGCCUGCCCACUCCCAAAGAUUCCAAUGGAGCCGGAGCUCAUCAUUCUUGUCACGGGUGAAAGCUGCGCGGGCAAAGACUAUUGCGCCAAUGUUUGGGCUUCUGUGCUCUCCGAGGAUGCUGACAGAAAUAUCAAAGCGCGGGCGGUCAGCAUUAGCGAUGAGACGAAGCGAGAAUACGCAGCUGCUACUGGAGCUGAUUUGCUGGCCUUGCUUAAUGAUCGUGCAUACAAAGAACAGCACCGGCCAGCAUUGACAGAGUUCUUCCAGGAACAGGUACGGCAGCGAGCAAAGUUGCCAGAGGAGCAUUUUAUGAAUGUGGUUUAUGGCGCUGCAGAUGUGGAUGUUUUACUAAUCACUGGGAUGAGAGAUGAGGCGCCGGUUGCUGCUUUUUCACAAUUGGUUCCGGACAGCAGGCUUCUCGAGGUUCGCGUCGAGGCCAGCAAUGAGACAAAAAGAGCUCGUCGAGGUGGUCAUUGCGAUGACGAUGGUGAUUGCACUGACCGCCAUCAAGAUUUUGAAGAAUUGGCGAAAGAGUUGGACUGCCCCAGCCUCAUAUUUGACAAUAACGCAGCUGGAGAUGAAGCGGCAGAGAGUUUUUCCAAACAACACUUGUUUCCCUUGCUUCAUAAAGACAUGCAGCGGUUAGCCGACAUGGUUCGUCCAAUACCCAACUUUCCCCGCCAGGGCAUCGAGUUCCAGCACGUCCUCGAUAUCUCUCAGCAGCCAGGUGGGUUGGCCUUAUGCUCCUCUCUACUGCAAACCCACUUCAGCGGUGACUGGACCAAAGUCGGUGCUAUAGCAUGCUGCGAGGCUGGAGGCUUUGUCUUUGCGUCAGCCUUGUCUGUACAGGUUGAUGUGCCCUUGUUGCUGAUUCGCGAGAAUGGAAAGCUCCCGCCACCUACCAUCUCCGUCGACAAGUCCCCGUCGCACAUCUCAUCGCAUUGUUCAGGGGAGAAGAAGAUUGCGAUGGACCGGGAUAUGGUUUCCAGAGGGGCUUCGGUGGUGGUGAUGGAUGAUGUACUUGCUACAGGGGAGACGCUUUGCGCCGUCUUGCAGUUAUUAGUAAAAAAUGGUGUUAAUCCUGGAGACGUGAGUGUUAUGGUUGUGGCCGAGUUUCCUGCUCAUGGUGGGCGCCAACUACUGCACAGACGCGGCUUUGGCAGAGUCAAUGUUCAAAGCCUGUUAGUCUUUGGGGGUCUUUGA